AUGCUCUUUCCAAUUAUUCUAAUUUGCAUCACCCAGUUUGCACGGUGUGAUCAAGUAAGUCAUCAAAUUUGGAUACGGUAGCUAUCGUUAAUUAUUUAUAAUUUAAUUUUAAAAUAUUUUCAUAACUGGGCCUGUUUCAAUAUUAGAUCAAACUGUUUUUGUUUACAGUUCAUCGACAAGACAGUGCCUGAGGGGGAGACCACACUAACUGAUGCAGACUUCCUCCAGAUUCGUCGGAAACGGCAGAAUGUCGAUGAAGACGUGGAUGACUCGGCAAUGUAUAAUAAGGACAGAUUCGAGGGGGAUAUCGGUGAGAUCUUUCGACAAGAAAUGCUUGUUUAGUGCACUGUUCAAUGUUUCCAGCAGUCCUUAACCUCCGUUUAUCUUCUCCGUCAGAUGUCUUUUCUUUUGAAUUCUCAAUCCUUUGACCUAUAAACUGACGUCACCUCUUUUUUUUAUUUUCAGUGACCAUGAUCUCCCCAUCAUCCGAUCCCACAGUCUCAUCUGAUGUUUCAAAUUCUUCGUUUUUAAUGAGGAAUGCAGUUCGACAGAGCUACUUGAAAUGGCCAAAUGGUCGUAUUCCGUACACGAUAUCGACGCAGUAUACAACUUUUGGGUAUGUUUCGUAAAACCGGUUAGAAGGGACCUUGACAUUGAUCUCAUGUCUCUUUUACUGGGUUACUAUCAUGUUAUGCUCUUUUACGUGUCGCAAAGAGCUUUGCAUCAACAAUGAUUGAGUCAUAGAAGAUGAAGAAACACUGACUCGCUGAGUAAGCGCUGCUCUUCCGAUAAAUAAAAAUGCGACGUAAAUCCGGAAAGCUCAAAAAAAAAACAUAUUAGAGUAAUCCCGAAACCGAGGAAAUCAGGAAAUUCAAACGUUAAAAAUGUCGCAAUAUUUGCUUUCUUUCUAGAUGCUUGGCAAAACGCACUUUGAAAAAUGAAAGAAAAACUGAAAAAUUUGCAGCCAAUUUUUAUCGUUUCUACAUAAAACUUCGUUCUUUUGCGCAAAACCAUCUGAAGUUCUAUUUAAGACGUCAGCGAGUAGCAUCAGCCAUCGAUGAGUAUCAUCAACGGACUUGCAUCAGGUUCGUCCCCAAAACCACCACUGAUCUGGAUUAUGUCCACAUCUUGCCCGAAGACGGAUGUUAUUCAUUGGUGGGAAAAGUCGGUAAGAGAAAAGUUGCGGAAGGCAUUGCUUAAUUAAUAUUAUUUUAGGAGGAAAACAGCCAGUAAGUCUUGGAAAUGGAUGUAUGGUCACUGGAAUCAUCAUCCACGAACUCAUGCAUGCAGUGGGAUUCUUCCACGAACAAAGCCGAGCGGACAGAGACAGUUAUGUUAGGAUAGUGUGGCCAAAUGUGGAAUCGGGACUUCAAGGUAUAAGAAUAUUGGAAUACGAAAAUAUAAUUUGUUUUAGAUCAAUUUGACAAGUACAGUUUGGCUAUGAUCGACCAUUUGAACACUGAGUAUGAUUAUGGAUCUGUCAUGCAUUACGGACCCUUGGCAUUUUCCAAAAAUGGAAAACCAACAGUUGAGCCCAUUCUACCAACAAAUCAGAAGAUUGGACAGAGAAUCGGAUUCAGCCAGACGGACGCCAUAAAGAUCAACAAGUUAUAUACUUGUCAACCUCAAGGUCCGUUUGCAUUAGUCGAUGAUCUCAUUCUUAUAACAUUAAAAGUAUUUUAUCAUCUUCUUUAAGCUCAAGCAAGUAAUGUUGCGUUUGGCCAGCUCCCAGUGAGUCUUUCAACCUUACCCGACAAUGCAGUUCAAUACUCUUGUGCUGAUCAUCGGAGGGAUUGCCAAUUCUUGGCCGAACGGGGGCAUUGCACCUCAUCUUUUGCUCAAUAUUUCAUGGCCGAGAAUUGUCCGAGGAGUUGCGGACUGUGUGCAGAUAAUUCUGUUCGGCUUUCUGCAUGUCAGGACAUCAAACCUUGGUGCCAACGGUGGGCUGAUUCCGGGCUCUGCCAGUUGUUUCUUUUCGCCGGAUAUAUGAAGAAUAACUGCGCGAAGAGCUGUGUUCUGUGCUAG